AUUAACGAAAACUCUCUGCCAGCUUUAUUUGAGCACAACAAUCUGUUGCGAUGUGCCAAAAAGUACCUGUUAAAAAUCAAUAAUCGUCACAAUUGAAACAUAUUGUUGGAAUCAGGCCAACACCGCUGCUCAUCCAGUUGGAUGGGGAUAAUGGUCAGGUUGUCCAGCAUCACAAGGAUCUGCCGGAAGAGCCAGAUAAGCCCUCCGGCGCUCCCCUUGAGGCCACCGUUAUGCUCUGCUCUCCGGCGGGCUUUUCCUCCGAUUCCGUAUCCGGGGACAAGUUCGGAAUCGAGUCAGCCAAUAGGCAGAAAUAUGAGUUAGACCGUUUGGGAAUGACUGUGAGCACAAAUGCCGUCGUUAUAACCAAGGAUCAGAGUAACCUGAUUGGAAUUAGCAUUGGGGGUGGAGCGCCUAUGUGCCCCUGUUUAUAUAUUGUUCAGAUUUUCGAUGGAACGCCUGCCGCAAGGGAGGGAUCCCUACAAUCCGGUGAUGAACUGCUGGCGGUGAACUCGGUGAGCGUCAAGGGCAAGACAAAAGUGGAGGUGGCCAAGAUGAUCCAGACAGCCACCGACGAAGUGGUUGUUCAUUACAACAAGCUGCAUGCUGAUCCCGAACAGGGCAAGACAUUGGACAUCAUCCUGAAGAAGUUGAAGCAUCGGAUUGUGGACAAUUUAUCAAGCAAUACGGCGGAUACACUGGGUCUCUCCCGGGCCAUACUGUGCAAUGAUUCGCUGGUGAAGCGAUUGGAGGAGCUCGAGGGCACUGAACUGAUGUAUAAGGGGUUAGUAGAGCACGCCCGCCGAAUGUUGAAAGCCUACUACGAUCUCCUGCAGACAUAUAAGUCCUUUGGGGACUGCUUUACACAGAUUUCUGUCCACGAACCGCAGCAAAGAGCCUCGGAAGCGUUUCGAACGUUUGGAGAAUUCCAUCGCACCUUGGAGAAGGAUGGCUUGAGCAUCAUCAAGCAGAUAAAGCCUGUGCUCGCCGAUCUGGGAACAUAUCUUAACAAGGCCAUCCCGGACACAAAGCUCACUGUUAGACGAUACGCAGAUGCCAAAUUCACAUAUCUGUCGUAUUGUCUGAAGGUCAAAGAAAUGGAUGAUGAGGAGCAUGGCUUUGCUGCCCUCCAGGAGCCACUUUAUCGCGUCGAAACGGGCAACUAUGAGUACAGAUUAAUCCUGAGAUGUCGCCAAGAUGCCCGAAGCAAAUUCGCCAAACUUCGCACGGAUGUUCUUGAGAAGAUGGAGCUGCUGGAGUGCAAGCAUGCUAUGGAUCUGAACAAGCAGUUAAGAAGCCUUCUGGAAAGUUUGGCGGAACUUCACCAGAGUUUAGUGGAUCGACUGGACUCCCUUCCGCCGCUGUUUCCCAUCGAAGUGGAUUUCAAGGAGACAGACUUCCAGUACAAGUCAAGUACUCUAAAGCCGCAGGAACUAGACGACGAUGAAAUCGAGGCAAGCAAUCAUCCCAAUUCCACAACAUCCCAAGUCGAUUGUGGCUUUGAAGCCGUGGAACAGCCGGCGGCUAUCAUUAAUGUUGAGGUCAAGGCAUCCGUUGAUUCGUCUGCCACACAAUCCACCAGUGAAAACGAAACGUUGCUCAAGGAACUGGGUCUAUACGAUGUCGACCUGCUGUCCAAUCCGCAAACCAUUAGCAAUCAAAAGGACUCCAUUGCGGCCCAGAACGAUGGUUACGACUUCGAUCUGUUCCUGAAUCAGGCCACUACAGCCACCACCAGCUUGGAGCGAGAUCUCAUGUCCUCGAAUGCCGAGGAGAUGGACCUGCUCUUGCAAUAAGCUUUUUUAGUACAAAAAUAUUAAUAAAUGUGUUAGGUAAAAUAUUAAAUGUUCCAAUGAGUGGUAAUAAUUAUAUCAUACUUUA